AUGACGAUCAGCCGACUUCUUUUCAUCUUUUUAUUUCUACGAGUUUCUAUUGUACAUAAUUCUCAUUUUCGUGGUGGUACUAUUACUUGGCGACCUCUCAAUAAUACUCCAUCGGGUAGUAAAGCUCAAAUUCAAAUACGCCAAAGAUAUUCGUGGCGUCGUGGAGCUGCAAUGUGUACCGAUACGACCAUAGCUACCCGAGUCUUAAUUGGUGAUAAUACCGCUGUUAGUUGUGUGAGUGGUACUUGUUCUUCUUGGAGCAGUCUGACCACAAGUACAUACUGCACUGAUUAUAGUACUCUUCUUGAUGUUAGUUCUGGUGAAAAAUAUGUCACAAAAAAUAUAACACUCGGUAUUUCAUUUAGUAUAGCUUUCGUUUCAUCUGCUUGGUUUGCAAAUCUUGUUGUUGGAGCUAAUUCUGGAUGGAAUGUUGUCAAUCGAAUAAAUACUCUUGUUAGACCUGAUGGAUAUAUAAAUUCUAGUCCUAUAGCGACUACUCUUCCUGUUAUCUACAAAGCUAUCAAUCGACAACAUGUACAUGUUGUUCAAAUAUCUGAUUUUGAUGGUACUGAUGAAUUAAAGUGUCGCUGGUCUACUUCAUUAACAAACAAUACUAAUACAUACAAUGAAUGUGGUGGUGUUUGUUCAGGUGUUCCUGGUGCUGUUCUUUUCAGUAAUAAUUGUACAGUAGUAUUUACACUUACUCAAGCUGCAGUAUAUGUUGCAGUAGCUAUACAAAUUGAAGACUAUUAUGAUAGUAUAUCAACAACGCCAAUGAGUUCUGUUCCACUUCAAUUUCUCUUUUAUGGUUAUGCUGUACCCAGUGGUUGUAGUACUCAGCCAAGUAUCAUUGGUAAUCGACCAAAUCGAGCAUGUAUUGGCACACCGAUUGGAUCCAAUGUUACUGAAUAUGUUAUUGCACAAAUUGGUUGUACAGGAAAAACUAUUAUCGAUUUCACUUCUAGUUCUCCCGUUGGUAUGACAAAGAGUACUAUUCAAAAUCCAAGUACUGGUAUCUAUCAAAUUAUUCUUAGUUGGAUUCCUACAAUUGAUCAAUAUGGUCCACAGGGAUUUUGUGCCGGAGCUGUUGAUAGCACGAAUGUUCAAUCAGAUCAAUGGUGUAUAACUUUUUUAGUUGGUUUUGACUCACCUGAUAUCAUUCGACCAAGUGUUGUUCAAGGUUCAGCUUCACCAAUUGGCACCAUAUUUCAAAAUCACACCAUUUUCUCAAUUCAAACUACACGCUCAGUCAGUCGACCAAAACGUAAUGGUACUUACAUUCAUUUUAAAGAUGCUACUACAAAUACAAUUGUACAAUCAUAUGAUUGUGGUUGGGAACCAGAAGUAACAUAUACUGGAUUUACAAUUGUUAUUCGUUUUCCAACUGCACCAUGGAUUAUAGGACAUUCAUAUUAUGUCAUGUUUGAUAGUGGUGUAGCGAGUGGAACUGAAUUUUGUGGUCCUGAAUCUGCACCUAUAACUAGUUCUUCAUUUUGGGUUUUUAACAUCUGGGAUCCAGGACUUUCAUCUACGACAACAACAACUACUACUCCACCGACAACUGGAACAGUUACAACAAGACCUGUAUCAACUACAACUGUCAAUACUCUAUUGACAACAACGGGUAUUGUCGUUACAAGUACAUUUCCUCCUUCUACAACAACUAAAACCACUACAACUUCUGUUUCAACAAGUACAACAACAACGGAUACAACUACAACAACUACGACAACAGGACCAGAUGUUGAUAUCCUGUAUCCUAAAGAUAUACUAAAAAUGAUCUUAGACAGAUUUCGUUUUGAAUUAAGCGCAAAAUUAGGAAAUCAUUUUCAUUGUUAUUAA